CUCCAAGGGGCUGGAAUGAGGCCCUGUCUCCACACGAGGUUGCGAGUUUAUGGCUGUGACCUCCUGUCUGACGGGAGCGUCCGUGGAUUCAGUCAGGAUGGCUACGACGGGCGGGAUUUCAUCUCCUUUGACCUGGAAUCCGGGAGAUUCGUGGCAGCCGACAGUGGUGCUGAGAUCACCAGGAGACACUGGGAGGGGACCGUGGCUGAGGCACGGAUGAAUUACCUGAAGCACACCUGCCCAGAAUGGCUCCGGAAAUAUGUCAGAUGUGGGCAGAAGGAGCUGGAGCGCAAAGAGCCCCCUGAUGUCCAUGUGUCUGGAAAAGAGGAACACGGGACGCUGAUCCUGUCCUGCCACGCGUACGGAUUCUACCCCAGCACCAUCGCAGUCAGCUGGAUGAAGGGGGAUGAUACCUUGGAUCAGUGGCCGGAGUGGGGCGGGAUCGUUCCCAACAGCCACGGCACCUUCCACACCUGGGCCAGGAUCGAGGCGCUGCCGGAGGAGCGGGAGCUGUACCGGUGCAGGGUGGAGCAUCCUGGAAUGCUGGAGCCCGGGAUCUUCGCAUGGGAGCCGACAUCUGGUGGGAAUCUCACCGUGGUGGUCGCUGUGUCCGUCAUCGCUGCCAUCCUCAUCCUCACCGUCCUCAUCGGAUUCGCUGUCUGGAGGCUCCAGUCUGGGAGGAGGGACAGGAAAGGAUACAACCCGGCAGCCGGAAAGGACGUGGGAACCAACGGCUUGACCACAGGAAUCACCGCCUGAGCAAUCCACAGAGCUGGAUCUAGCCCCUUCCCUCUUCCCAGGAAAGCUGAGAGCUGCCAGCAGAGCUCAUCCCGCUGCUCUCACCCACAGCUCUUGCUAAUGGAUCAGAGCUCAUCCCACUGCUCCCACCCACCCCACAGCUCUUGCUAACGGAUCAGUUUCCUGUUUUCCAGUGUUUUGAAGGCAAGAACCACAAAUAUUCCCAAUGCUUCACUUCUGGUGUGAAAUUAUCCUGCUUUGGGCAAUAAAUCCUGCUUUGGGCAAUAAAUUCAGGUUCCCUCC